AUGGACCGCUACACGCGUUGGCCGAUGUUUGCCAGAGACAUUGGACCGGAUUCUCAAUCUGAUCUCUCCACUCAGAAUCUCUACGGAGUCCAUCCAUUCUAUAUGGUGAUUGAGGGCGAUGGAAAAGCGCACGGUGUGUUGAUUUUCAACAGCAACGCGCAAGAGGUCGAAACCGCACCGGGACCACAUCUCGUCUAUCGUACCAUUGGCGGCCGAUUGGACCUCGCUUUCUUCCCGGGACCCACUCCUGAAGACGUUGUCCAUCAAUAUUUGCUGCACAUCGGCCAGCCGUUUCUUCCAGCGUAUUGGGCUCUUGGCUAUCAGCUGUGCCGUUGGGGAUACAAGAGUCUCGACAAUAUGAAGGCGGUGAUCGCUCGGAAUCAAGCGUUGGGCAUUCCGCUUGACGUGCCCUACGCGGAUAUCGAUUAUAUGAGAGGAGAUGAAGAUUUCACCGAAGGCGACAAUUGGAAAGGAUUUCCGGCGUACGCUGUUGAGCUCCACAAACAAGGCCUUCAUCUCAUUGUGAUCUUCGAUCCCGCCAUUGAAGUCGACUAUGACGCAUUCUCAAGAGCGUUGGCAAUGAACGCGUCGUUCAUUGAAUGGGCGAAGGACGAGCAAAUCCCAAGGAACAUUCAGGAUAAGUACCCAAUGGCGAAGAACACGCGGGCGAUGUUGGGCAAUGUGUGGCCGGCGCGGAACACGGCGUUCCCGGACUUCCUUGACACCAAGAAUAAUACGAAUGACUGGUGGGCUGUGGAAUUUGCCGAGUUUCACAAAAAACUUGCAUUCGACGGAAUGUGGAUUGAUAUGAACGAGCCGUCGAAUUUCGACACGACCACCUAUGACAGCGUGAGCAGUCAUCUCGCCACCGACAAGCUCUCGUGUCCAAUCUCAGGGCCGGAUUCGAAAUUGGACAAGCCGCCAUAUGAGACGGAAGCGGUUUUCUUUCACCAAGGCGAGCAUCUUUGCUCAAAGACGUUGUGUAUGCUUGGCAAAACCGCGAGACGAACGCACAACUUCUACGACACCAAGAAUCUUUAUGGAUGGAGUGAGGCGAGAGCGACAUAUCUUGCGUUGCCGCGUGUCACCGGCAAACGCGGCGCUGUCAUCUCUCGAAGCACAUUCCCGUCGUCGGGAAGAUAUGGCGGUCAUUGGCUCGGCGACAACACGGCGAGAUGGGCGGAUCUGCAGACGUCGGUGAUCGGCGUCAUGGAGUUCAACAUGUUCGGAAUACCAUACGUCGGCUCCGACAUUUGCGGAUUCAACGGCAUCACCAGCGAGGAGCUCUGCUUGCGUUGGCAUCAAUUCGGCGCGUUUUCGCCGUUCUCGCGAAACCACAACAGCAUCGAGAUGCCCGCUCAGGAUCCGGCGGUUUGGCCAUCGGUGGCGUUAGCGGCGAAAAUUGCGCUCAACUUCCGAUACAACUAUCUUCCAUAUUUGUACAGUCUUCAUUACAACGCGGCGAGAUACGGCCACACCGUCGUCCGUCCAUUGUUCUUCGAGUUUCCCAAAGAUCAAGAGACAUUGGAGAUUGAUGAGCAAUUCCUUUGGGGUUCGGCGCUCAUGAUCGCUCCAGCACUUCACAAAGGCCAAUCAAAAGUGCACGCCUACUUCCCGUCGGACACCUGGUACUCCCUACAGCCGGAGCAGUAUUCGAUGUCGAUCAGCGCUGGUUUCAAUGAUGUUGAUGCUCCGCUAUCAUCGUUGACGCCGGUGUUCGUCAGAGGCGGCUUCGUUCUUCCGAGACAAGCUCCGAACACAACCACGACUGCUUCAAGGUUGAAUCCGUUUGAAGUGCUUAUCACAGUGAAACCAAACACAAUCUCAUCUGGCGAAUUGUAUUUCGACGCUGGCGACGAUCUCCUACCCAACAAUGACAUUGAGAAGCACAAUCGGCUUCACUGGCAAUUCUCGUUCAGCUAUUCUGUUGCUGGCGCUGUGUUCAGCGGAAAUUGCGAAGGAUGCUCAGCGGCUGUCAAGCCUCCAACCUUGGACACUAUCGAAAUAUUUGGCUACCGGCAUAGUCCGAAGUUCAGCAGCUUAACGCUGGAUGGAAAAUCGGUGACGGCGUCUGGUAAUUACAAUCAAGACACCGGCAGAGUUCUGAUAUCUGCGAAAAAUCUCAUUAAUCUCACAGCACUCAAGAAGAAGUUCACGUUGAGUUUCCAGAAUCAAUAA